CGGAGAGCAUCAGUUGAAGUCAAUCAAUUGCCCAGCGCAUUCAGCAUCUGAAACCGGAACCACCAAUCCAGAAUCAAUAUGAAAUUCUUCUCAGUCGUCACCGUCUUUGUGCUCGGUCUGCUGGCCCUGGCCAACGCUGUUCCCCUGUCGCCCGAUCCAGGAAAUGUGGUCAUCAACGGCGACUGCAAGUACUGCAAUGUCCACGGUGGAAAGUAAGAAAGUUCUUGGCUAAGGAUCAACACAAGGCCAUAAUCUACCUUCAACCCCAGACUAUAUAUUUAUAAUACCACCUUGUACUAAAAUGAAACUUAGAAUUUAGAACGACAAUGACAACAAUAAAAGAACCCAACUAAGAAAAAA